AUGUCGAAGAUUUUGUUUAAAAUCAACGGGCGUCAGUAUGAAGCGGACGGCACCUACAGCCCCGACGUGUCGCUGAACGAGUUUAUCCGAAACGUCGCCAACCUGCGCGGCACCAAGAGCAUGUGCCACGAGGGUGGCUGCGGCGCGUGCGUCGUCGCCGUCCAGGCUGCCCUGCCACCGGACAACGAGGCGAAGACGUUCGCUGUCAACUCUUGCCUUGUCUCCGUGCUGUCCUGCCACGGCUGGGAGGUGACCACAGUGGAGGGAGUCGGGAACCGUACAAUGGGAUACCACGACAUCCAGAACCGACUUGCUCAGUUCAACGGCACUCAAUGCGGGUACUGUACACCGGGAUGGAUCAUGAAUAUGUACAGUCUUUAUACAUCUAAAAAUGGAAAACUGAUGUCAUCAGAAGUAGAGAACUCAUUUGCUGGUAAUAUAUGCAGAUGUACAGGAUAUAGGCCUAUUGCAGACGCUUUCAAAUCAUUUGCAGUCGAUGCUGAUGAGAGAUUACUGAGCAAAGUUAAUGAUAUAGAAGAUUUAGCUUUGCUUAGUAAAUGCAGAGUCAAAUGUAAUGCUACCAGAUGGAAGGAAAAUAACAUUGAAAGUGAUAGUGAAUGGUGUAUUGUAAAUAAAACAUCUAACAAUACUUUAACACUCGGAGACAAUGUAUUUAAAUGGUUUAAAGUUUAUAAUUUGAGCGAAGUGUUCAAGAUUAUUUCUCAAAAUGUGGAUUACAAAUUUAUUGCUGGAAACACGGGACAAGGUGUUUAUCAUGUUACAGAAUAUCCACCAAUCAUUAUAGACAUUUUCAAUGUUGUGGAUUUAAAGGGGUACACUCUUGAUAUAAAUUUAAUAGUAGGUGCUGGUACGACGCUUACUGAUAUGAUGGAGCUAUUUACAAGAAUAUCAGUGGAAAACGAAGACUUUUCUUAUUUGAGUGAAUUUGUCAAACACUUGGAUUUAGUAGCACAUGUGCCAGUCAGAAAUAUUGGUACCAUUGCUGGCAACUUAUUUUUGAAAUAUACAAACAAUGAUUUUCCUUCCGAUCUCUUUCUACUGUUUGAAACAAUUGAUGCAAUGAUCACAAUAGGUUCGGGGGUUAAUAACAGGCAAACUAUGUCUUUUUCCGAAUUCUUAACAAUCAAUAUGACUGGGAAAAUUAUCAUUAACAUAAUGCUUCCACCGUUACCACGCCUAUGUAAGAUUAAAACUUAUAAGAUUAUGGCUAGAUCUCAAAAUACCCAUGCAAUUGUAAAUGCUGGGUUUCUUUUCAAAUUUAAACCUAAUCAGAAUAUACUUGAGAAAGUCAAUAUUGUUUAUGGAAAUAUUUCACCAUCUUUUAUACAUGCAACUGAGACUGAAAAAAUUCUAAUAGACAAAGAUCCCUUUACAGAAGAAACCUUACAAUUAGCUUUAAAAAGUCUGGAUGCUGAAAUCGCACCUGAAGAUGCACCCCCCGAACCUUCUGCCAAAUACAGAAAACAAUUAGCUCUAGCGCUAUAUUACAAGGCAAUUCUAUCUUUGUGUCCUGAAAGUAAAGUAAAUCCAAAGUAUGUAUCUGGUGGAAAUGUGAUCAAGAGAAAUAUUUCCCAAGGCACACAGACUUUUGAUACGGACGAGAGUGUGUGGCCUCUUAAUAAACCAAUUCCUAAGCUAGAGGCAUUAGUUCAGUGCAGUGGUGAGGCUACAUUUGCAAACGACCUGCCAGCUGAAAUCGGAGAAGUUUUUGCAGCUUUUGUUACUGCUGAUGUACUCCCUGGUAGUAUCAUAAGUGGUUUCGAUGCAACUGCAGCUCUUGAGUUGCCUGGAGUGCAGGCAUUUUACACAGCAAAAGAUAUUCCUGGCAGUAACACCUUUGCCCCACUCGAUUUUCCUCUCGUGACUGAAGUCGAAGAAAUACUAUGCAACGAAAAAGUUGCGUUUCACGGUCAACCAGCAGGCAUUAUUGUUGCCUCCAGAGAAAAACUAGCGAUUGCUGCUGCUAGGCUAGUCAAAAUCAAUUAUGAAUUUAUAUCGGUUAAAAAUCCUGUGCUUACCGUUCACGAUGCUAUAAAAUCUUCUGAGGCUAGUGAUAGAGUAAAAACAAGUAUGGUAGUGGAUCCAACUGAUAUUGGUAAUGACGUCAAAUCAAAAAUAAACGAUCAAGUGUACUUCGAUUCACAAUACCAUUAUUAUAUGGAGCCCCAAACUUGUGUAGUAAAACCAACAGAAGACGGUUUAGAUGUUUAUGCGUCUGCUCAAUGGAUGGAUUUAAUUAAUGUAGCUAUUGCUGGGUGUCUUAAUGUUCCAGUAAACAGUGUAAGCGUCAUAGUGCGACGAGUAGGUGGCGCCUAUGGGGGUAAAAUUAGUAGAGCAAGUCAGAUAGCAUGUGCGGCGGCUUUAGUAUCUUAUCUACAAGGAAGAACCUGCAGAUUAAUUCUACCAAUUGAGAAGAACAUGUCUAUAUCGGGAAAUAGAUCACCAACGUACUGCAAUUUUGAGGUUGGAGUAAACGCAGAAGGUGAGAUACAGUACUUGAAGAACAAGUACUAUCAGGAUCUGGGAUGCUCCAUCAACGAUUCCUUCACGUCCAUCACCGUGAACCACUUCCCCAGCUGCUACAACUCCAGUAGGUGGCAUAUUGAAUCUUACAACGUGAUCACGGAUAAAUCUUCUAUGACCUGGUGUAGAGCACCUGCAACUACAGAGGGUAUAGCAACAACAGAAUACAUAAUGGAGCGAAUUGCCUUCGAAAUAAAGAAAGAUGCAAUUGACGUAAGACUGCAGAAUAUGAAAAAAGAAGAUAACCCAAUACCAGAGCUGAUAGACUAUACUAAAAAAAUAUCAGAUUAUGACACCAGGCUAAAAGCAGUAGUCGAUUACAAUAAAAACAACCGUUGGAGAAAACGCGCAAUCAAAUUGCUUCCAAUGACAUACGAUCUAUUUUAUUUAAGUCCAUUCAAUGCCAUAGUGUCUGUUUAUCACAGAGAUGGUACAGUAUCUAUAACCCAUGGAGCAACUGAAAUGGGACAGGGUGUGAACACUAAAGUAGCCCAAGUAGCCGCCUACGCUUUGGGUAUACCGCUAGAAGACAUAAGUGUCAAACCAAGCUCCAGUGUCACAUCUCCGAAUUGCAUGGCUACAGGAGGCAGCGUAGGCAGCGAAUGUGUAAGCUACGCGACCCUAAAAGCCUGUGAAAUCAUCAAAGAAAGAUUAGAAGAAGUAAAAAAGAAAAUGGAUAAUCCAACAUGGAAGGAACUAGUGAAACAGGCGUAUCAAUCGGGAGUAUACUUACAAGCAUCAUAUCAAUUUACUACGAAUGGACCAAUAAAACCAUAUGAUAUUUUUGGUGUCGUAGUUCUAGAAGUAGAAGUUGAUAUUCUUACGGGGAAUCAUGAGAUUUUGAGAGUAGAUCUCCUCGAAGAUACUGGGAGAAGUUUGAGUCCCUCGAUUGACGUUGGACAGAUCGAGGGCGCGUUUGUAAUGGGCCUGGGGUAUUGGACAUCGGAGAAGCUGAUAUACGACCAGACAACGGGGAAAUUACUGACCGACCGGACCUGGACGUACAAACCCCCGGGGAUCAAGGACGUACCCGCCGAUUUCAGAAUAUAUUUCCGCAGAAACUCCACCAACGAAUCCGGGGUUUUGCAGUCGAAAGCAACUGGUGAACCGGCGCUGUGCAUGGCUGUGGUGAUCACCCAUGCUCUCCGGGAGGCGGUGCGGGCGGCGCGCCUCGACGCGGGGUAUGAAGACCAGUGGGUGCAGUUAGAUAUUCCGUGUACUACUGAGAAUAUAUUCAUGGCGGUCGAACAUAAAAUAGAACAUUACAAGCUCAAGUGA